AUGAUGAUGAAAUAUUUUCAUGGUGGUAUAGAUGAAAUUGUAUUAUUUAAAACAUGGAUAACAUAUGAUUUAGGUUCAUUUAUUGGAACUUGGUUUGCAAUUUUUGCAUUUUCAUUUUUUUAUGAAUUUUUCAAGACUUUUAGAAGUAUUAUAGAAAUUAAUUGGAGAAGAAAUAAUAAUAAUAAUGAUAAUAAUAAUAAUAAUAAUAAUAUUAAACAAGAUGAAGAAAUAAAUAUGAAUAAAAUUUCAUUUUCAUUUUUAAAAGGAUCAUAUCCUUCAUUUACUUAUAAAGAAAUAAUUGGAGGCAUAUUUUAUGGAAUUGAAACUGGAAUGAGUUUAAUUUUAAUGCUAAUUGUAAUGUUAUUUAAUACCGCUUUAUUCUUUUCAAUUUUAAUGGGAAUUGUUUGUGGAAAUAUUUGUUUCGGAAGAUUUAAUCAAUUUAAACCAAAAUCAUCAUCAUCUUGUUGUUAA